GUACUCUCGCGGUAUUCAGGCGGUCACUGCCUGAUAGAAAUAAUGGCCGCCUUCGUAGCAAUGGCUGGAAUAGGGAACAACACAAGAGGCACAUCAGAGCGUUUUAGCUGACCAGGAAGAGCCUAAAUUAUAGGGCACCCCCUCCUACCCGGGUUUCAGAACGGAUGGGUAGAGGGGGUCUUGCCAAAGGACACAAGAAACGAAAGAGACUCGGAGGGAAGGGGAGGAAAGCUAACGUUAUCUUGAUAGCUAGCGCUAGCUGGCUAUCAACACGGUUGUCACUGCCGGGGAACAAACCCGAGUAGCCCUGACAACUGCGUGUCGGGAGGGUUGAAGGAAGCGGUGACCAAACGCUGGAGCGUGUGAUCAAAUAACUGACUAGGCGCUAAUAUGAGUGGACCGGUGCAGGACAGUGAGCCAGAGGCAAAAGUCCUUCUCAUCAAGCGGCUUUACAGGGCUGUGGUGGAAUCUGUGCACAAGCUGGAUGUCAUCAUCGCCAGCAAAGCAUCCUACAGAGAGGUCUUCAAGCCGGAGAACAUCAGCCUUCGCAACAAGCUGAGGGAGCUUUGUGUGAAGCUGAUGUUUCUUCACCCUGUUGACUACGGCCGUAAGGCAGAGGAGCUCCUCUGGAGGAAGGUUUACUAUGAGGUCAUCCAGGUUAUCAAGACCAACAAGAAGCACAUCCACAGUCGCAGCGCUCUGGAGUGUGCCUACCGUACACACCUGAUUGCCGGCGUGGGUUUCUACCAGCACCUGCUGCUGUACAUCCAGUCACAUUACCAGCUGGAGCUGCAGGACUGCAUCGACUGGACCCACGUCACAGACCCACUGAUAGGCCGAAAGAAACCAGUGUCAGCCACCCCCAAGGAGAUGGAGUGGGCACAGAUGGCCUGUCAUCGAUGUCUGGUCUACCUUGGAGAUCUAGCCCGUUAUCAGAAUGAACUUGCUGGAGUGGAGGCUGAGCAGCUGGCAGAAAGGUUUUACCAUCAGGCGCUGUCUGUCAUGCCACACAUGGGAAUGCCUUUUAACCAACUGGGCACACUGGCAGGGAGCAAGUUCUACAAUGUUGAAGCAACCUACUACUACCUACGCUGCAUCCAAUCAGAGGCCCCUUUUGAGGGUGCCUAUGGCAACCUGAAGCGCCUGUUUGACAAAGCUGCCAAGAUGUACCACCAAGUGAAGAAGCAGGAAAUGAAGAAGCUGUCUCCAUCUCGACAAAGAUCAAAAGACAUUAAGCGCCUCCUGGUGAGCUUCAUGUACCUUCAGAGCCUGCUGCAGCCCAAGAACAGUCUAAUGGAGACGGAGCUGACGUCACUCUGCCAGUCGGUGCUGGAGGACUUCAACCUGGUGCUGUUCUACCUGCCGACAGCGCCCCAUGGCGGUGCUCACCACUCCCCCGGCGAGGAAGAGGAGGAGCAGCAGCACGCUGACAGCUCCUGUCCGGUGCUGCCGGACACCCUCGUCUUCAAGAUGGUGGUCACUUGUCUGAUGGUGGUGCACAGCCUGAAGAGGGGAGGAUCAAAGCAGUACAGUGCGUCCAUAGCUUUCACUCUGGCGCUGUUCUCCCAUCUGGUGAACCACGUCAACAUUCGGCUGCAGGCUGAACUGGAGGAAGCGGAGAGCCAGGUGCCGCCACUUCACACUGACGCCACAGAUGACCUGGAGAUGAGGGAUUUGUCCGCUCCGUUGACAGAUCGCUCUGAUGACAAGCCUCUGCAGAAUGGCUCCCUAGAGCAACAAGAUGAGGAGGAGAAGAAGGAUGAAGAUGACUGUGAAAGGGAUGGUGCCAAAAAGCAUUGCAGUGUGGAAGAACAGCGCAAGUUGGAAGAAGAGAAACAGAGACAGAAGAAGAAGUACACCCGCCUCUCUAGACUCCGCCGACGCCGCUGUGCCCGCAAGGACACUCGAGGAGAGGAUGAAAGUGACUUGAGCGAAGGCUUUGAGAGUGAAGAGGAUGAAGAUGACGACGACGAGAGGAGGGGUCGCGCCGACUCCACAGGCGCCACCACGACAGGAACCCCGCCCAAUCCUCCAUCCAUCAGGAAGGAGACUAAGAGAGUACCCCUGGGUGAGGGGGGCAGCUGGGGGAAUAGCUCAGAGGAAGAGGAGGAGGAAGGAGGGACGGCGUUUGAUGUAGAGACCGACUCGGACAUGAACAGCCAGGAGUCUCGCUCAGACCUGGAAGACAUAGAGGACACGGAAAACUCCGACAACUUGGAGGGUCAGGCGCGGGAGCACCAGGACGAAGAGGAAGAUGAAGACCAACCCAAGGAAGAAGGAGGCAUCCGAGACAGCGACACGCCUCCGACCACCAACGGGCCUCUCAUGCCCAGCGACGCCAGCAUCAGCAGCAACCUCCAGGCCAUGUCCUCACAACUCUUCCAGGCAAAGCGCUGCUUCCGCCUGGCGCCAACCUUCAGCAACAUGUUGUUGAGGCCUCAAGGCUCAUCCUCCCCUGGUAUUCCCACCCCUACUGACACCUCUGCUCCCCCCUCCCAAGAGACACCCCCUCCCCCUGGGGAGUUACCCUGCGAUAUGAACCCUGGUACUGCCAACGGAACCAAUGAAAAUGACUUGGACUCGGAUUCGGAAGGCAGCCAACACAGUACCCCAUCAGUACAUAGUGAGAAAACCCUCUUAGAGAAGAUGGAGAUCCUGACCAAUCAAGGGUUGAUUCAAGUGGUGAAGGUCUUUGUUGAUUGGCUAAGGACGAACACCGACAUUAUCCUUAUGUGUGCACAGAGUUCUCAAAGCCUGUGGAACCGACUGUCUGUGCUGCUCAACCUGCUACCAGAUGGCAGCAAGAUUCUUGAGGCUGAGCUCGGCCUGAACGCAGAGGUGACAGAGCUGUUAAAUGAGUGUGAGCAGCCCGGUUUGGUCCAGAGUCUGCUGCUGCCUGAGGAUUUGGCUCUGCGACACCUGCCUGCUCUCAACGUAGCUCACCGCCGUCUUGAUUUUACACGCCGCAACCCCUCUCUCAGCUCCCUACAGGAGUGUGUAGUGCGAGUGUGUUGCAUUCGAAGUUUUGGCCACUUCCUGACGAAUCUCCAGGGCAACGUGCUGCACUACAACCCAGAGGCGGGCAUAUUCACCAGCAUCAGCCAAUCCGUACAGGAUAAUCUGGUGCAGCAGGCCAAGGCCCAGUUCCGAAUGGCUGAAGAGGAGGCUCGUCGAAAUCGCUUAAUGAGGGAUAUGGCCCAGCUUCGACUACAGUUGGAGGUAUCCCAGCUAGAGGGCAGCCUUCAGCAGCCGAAGGCCCAAUCGUCCAUGUCUCCCUACCUGGUGCCUGACACAGCUGCUCUCUGCCAGCAUCUGAACCUCAUCCGGCAGCUGGCCAGCAGCGGCUGCUUCAUCAUCAUCAUCCCACGGACAGUGAUUGAUGGACUUGACAGGUUGAAGAAGGAAAAUGCCGGCGCGAGGGAUGGCAUCCGCUUCCUCGAGUCUGAAUUUCGCAAAGGCAACAGGUACAUACGCUGCCAGAAGGAGUCUGGUCGAAGUUUUGAAAGAGAUAAACUGAAACGUCAGGACAUCGAAGCCUGGCAUUUUUACAAGAUGGUGGACAGCUGUCGUCAGCUAACUGUCUCCCAGAGCAAUGGAGAUGAAGAUACAGCCGGUAUGGUGACCAUUCUCACUGGCCAUCAAGUGGAGGAGCUUUGCACUCGGUCAGCAGCAAUGAAGGUCAGUCGCUCACUGCAUUUUCUUACGUUGCAGACACUCAGGAAAUUGACAUUUUCCACCAUGACUAGUAAAAAAUAAAUAAAAAUAAAUAAAAAUUCCAAAUUUGUCCUCUCCUGAAUCAGAAAAAGGUGUAUUUCCAGUACUUGCAAGGAAUUUGCCUCGGUCGUUGGGGCAUACAUAAACAAACAUAUUGAACAUUAGUACGAAAUAAACAAUAAA